AUGAACAGAGAACAUGCAUCUACCCAUCUCACAAUCUCCGACACGACAUUGACGAGUUCGCCAUCAGUGCUGAAGGAGGACGGGCUAAAGAUGAAAGAGAACACGGACCGGCGGGAUGGAGGAAGCCCCAUCGAACAAACACAGCUGUCUUCCCCAAACGACGGAGGAGACAAACCCGCUAAGCAAAAGCGACAUCGAACCCGGUUCACCCCUGCCCAGCUCAACGAGCUUGAACGAAGCUUCGCGAAAACCCAUUAUCCAGAUAUCUUCAUGCGAGAAGAACUGGCACUUCGAAUCGGGCUCACGGAAUCACGAGUCCAGGUCUGGUUCCAGAACCGUCGGGCCAAAUGGAAGAAGAGGAAGAAGGCCACAAACGUUUUCCGCACCCCCGGCGCUCUGUUGCCAUCUACAGGAUUAUCUCCCUUUGGUACAAUGGGGGACUCGCUCUGCGCUUUUCCCCCUUCGGAAAGUCGAUGGGGGAUGUCCCAAAUCGGCAGUCACAUGAAUGGCAACGUCAACCAUCUGUCUUUGUCAGCAACAUUACCACGUCAAGUCACAGCACAGUCUCUAUCUUCACAGGUUCCAAUGGGUCUGUGCAACCCUUCAGUGUCUCUUGGCAACGGCUUAACAGUAUCAAAUGGAAGCCCUAUCUAUAACACUUCUUACGGAAUGGCGGCGUCAUCGUGUGCAUCACCCCUGACUGGAAACUCUCCAUCCCCUUCCCUCCCCUCAUCCCAGAUGACUUGUGGCAUGCCUGAAAUUGAUGAUGCUUGGAGAGGGACAAGCAUUGCCCAACUGAGACGGAAGGCUCUGGAACAUACAGCCUCAAUUACCGGAUUCCGCUGACAAUGACAGGCAGCAGAGAUGACAAAAAAAUUGGUGUAGAUCCAAAGCGGCUCAGCCUUCAUCUAGUCAUGGUCCAGCGGAAUCGAAUUGUAACUGCAAUUCUCACAUCCUAUGGGAGAUCGGACUUGAUCCACAAAUAGACAUUCCCUACGUGAAACUAGUGACGCGCAGUACCCACGGUUUGGUGGAUGAGCCGAAUAAGUGCUGUUUGAACUAUGUUGUUUGUACAAGUUGUACCAGUAUUUAGUUCUGUUUAAACUUGUGACUGUUGUGCUUAGAUCAUCUUCUCUCAUCAAGGGAAGAAAGCUGGAUAUGAGUAGAAGUUCCCAUUACAGAAGCACUUUCCGUAGUUGAAUUCCAACUUAAUUUGCUACUUCCUAUGAUCGCGAUCGUAUCGUAUUUUCAGUAGAAGUUACUUUUUUAUGUAUUUACAAGUUCAAAAUUUCCAAAUGAGAUGUAAGACAGAUAGAAAUAUAUUCCAAAAUAAUUAUCAUCAUCGUCCCUAAAAUUUGUAGGUCACGAUCAUAUGUGGCGAAACUAAUAUUACAGUGCAAUAGUACUCAGCACUCUUUUACACAAGAAGAUUAUAAGACAUUCCCAAACAUCGUUGUACAAGUUGAAUCCGACACUUUCUCAUUAGCACGUAAGAAAGUAUAGCGGGUUAUAACGCCUACAUAUUAAGAGUCCUCUAGUCAUGUCAUCAUAUUAAUUUAUAAAAUGUUGUUUACAUACUUAUGUAUAUGUCGUUUAUUUAUUAUACAGAUACCAACUUAACUAUUCUAAGCAUCAUGGAUCAUGUAUGUUUACAGCUUGUAUAGAAGUACUAUUUAUUGAAACAUUCCAAACAUGGAAUAAAAUGUAUAAAAUAGCA